AUGGAUUUAAAUUCAUCCACCCCUUAUGAAGAAUUAACAGAUGUAUAUAAUACAUACGUAGAUGAUAUGAUUAAUGAAGCAUUGAGUGAUAAUAGAAAUGCUCUAUCUAAGGAAAAAUUAAUGAAAAUUCCAUAUUCUGAAUGUUAUUUAAAUUCAAUCACUGCAGCAAUUGGUAAACAAAAUAAAGGUAAAACAUUAACGAUAUUAAAACAAAUUAUCAUUAUUGCUAACACUUCCCCCCAUUCACAUGUGUUAAUUUAUAUCAACCGUUCA